AUGAAGUUUGAUUUGAAUGCUGAUGAUCAUAUUCUAUUUGAAUCUUCUCGCGCUCGGGUGAACCCCGUCUCUUUCAUCUUGGGGGAUCUUCAAGGUUCAGGAACUGACGAGCAGUCACAUCAACGCUCGGAGCACGAUGACCAGAAUGCAGAUGAUCGAACACCUCAACCAACAGAACGUACACGAUUGCUACCAGAGACUGGCCAGGCGUAUCUGAGCCCUGAUGAUCCAGCGGUAUCGCCUUAUAAUAUAUGGAGUGUGCGCGCGUUACGUGCCGUUUCUCUACUAGCCUUGGCCAUCAGCUUCAUAUGGUGGACGUUUCUGUUAGUGUCCAUAUUUGUUAGUCCACCAAUGAUGCAUGCCCGUGGCUCGGGAUUUUUCGCAUUUUCAUAUACCACUCUCGCAACCGGAUACCUGGUCCUCGGCUUGCUUUUCUUUACAGUACCUUCCAAGGCCACGACCAUUUGGGGCAGUAUUCUGGCUGGACUACUCCUGGUAGAUAUGAUUGUUAUUCUGGCUGUGCCACGAAUUCGACUCGAAGAAGGUUGGGUUGGUAUCGCGUCCGUUGCCUGGGUGGUUGCUAUCUCUUUGUAUCAAGUCAUCCAAAACCAAGCUGUGACAUGGGGCAAACGAGAAGAGGAAGAGAGACUUACCGGACGUGAAGAGACCCGUCGCUCGCUGCAAGAGUGGCUGGCAUUGCUAGUAGAAACAGUUGUCUUGGUGGUCAUGACCAUCGCUACAGUCCUCUUCACGGCAACUUUGAUCCUACGUGCUCGUGAUGCAUCACUUGAGCCUCCUGGUCAGCGUUACUCUGUUCGUGGUGACAGUUAUCAAGUCCACCUUGCCUGCGUGGGAAAUAAUACCACAGAUAAUGCCCAUGAGCCUACUAUUUUGCUUGAGGGGGACUAUGGUCCUGUUGAAUACACAUUGCAACCAUUCAUCGACGAGGCAUACCAAAAUGGGGUUAUAAGUCGAUAUUGCUAUUGGGAUCGACCAGGGCUAGGCUGGUCAGACAAUGCACCAUCGCCACAUUCUGCAGGAAUGGCUGUCGACGUCCUCUCCGAGGCCUUAGCGUUGGCUGAUGAGUCUGGUCCAUGGGUUGUUGUCUCCGCUGGGGUCGGCAGUCUAUAUUCCCGACUCUUUGCAAGCCGCCAUUUGCUUGAAGUGCGCGGUAUUUUCCUCAUCGAUCCACUGCACGAGACAUACCUGAAAGACAUUGGAAAGCCCAGCCGGGGCUUCGUUCUUUGGCUUCGCGGUGUGAUCUCCCCACUUGGGCUUGAUCGCUUGGCGGGCGCUCUAGUGCGUGGCCGCACUCGCGAGGAUCGGGUAGUUGGACGGUCUGCCUAUCAAUCCGGGAAAUUUAUCAAAGCAAAAUUGCAGGAAAGCCUGGUCGCAGUCUCGAUGACAGCGGCCGAAGUACAGUCUGCUCGCCACAUCCAAAUGGGGGCGACACCAUUGGUCGUGGUAAGCUCUGGCCAGGAGAUUCGCAGGAACUCAGAGUGGGCAAAAUUUCAGGAGGAUCUCUCCCAUAUCACGAACAAGCUACUCUCCUGGGAUGUUGUUCAUGAUGCCCCGCAUGAGAUCUGGACCAAUGCGGAGGGUCGGUCCGUUCUGGAACAACGACUGCGGGAUAUCGUGAAGGAAAGCAAGAUAUCGCAACCUCGGUGA